AUGGCUACUCCAACCAGUAGUAUUCCACCAGAUCUUACUGAUGCUGAUAAAGCCAUUGUAUUUCAUAUCCUUGAUGCUAUUCUGAAUUCCACAAUCCUUGCCUCUUUACUGUCUGGAAUAUACACUGGAAUCACUGCUGUCACAAUAAGAAGUAUCUCUAAAGUGGAUUGCACAGUCAUGAACAAGUCUCGUUCCAUCAGACAACCCAUGGUCAUUGUUAUAAUUAUGCUCUAUAUUGGUUCUAUUAUUUCCUUUGCUCUCAUUUGGUCACAACUUUAUAUUUCAAUUUUCAAUGAUGGAUGGAAUUUCUGGACAAUCUAUAUGGUAUAUUAUUCCAUUCCAUGCCUACAAUCAGGAGUGAUACAAGGUGGCAUAAGUAUCAUUUGUACUAUUCUUGCAGACACUAUCAUGAUUUGGCAUUGCUGGAUGAUCUGGAGACAACAAUGGCGAGUUGUUCUACUUCCUGUUCUUCUUCUUGUUUCUGCAAUUGUGUACAUCAAUCCAAAUGGGGACUAUCACACAUAUGAUACACUUUAUCCAUCCUUUAGUCUUGCUUCAACUGUAUUGUGUACCCUGCUUAUCAUUUACCAUAUUGUCACUGUUGCACAAGGAGCUGCAGCAGGGAAUAGACUCAGGGCUUACCAUCAAGUCAUUAAGAUUCUAGUUGAAUCAUCAGCUCUCUACUCCAUAAUCUUGAUCAUAUUUGUGGUCUUUAAUGCCCUUGAUGAUGUCAUAUUGCUCUACUUAGAUCGUCUAGCAGCAAUUUCAAGGGGAGUUGCUCCAACACUUCUUGUUGGACGAGUAGCAGCAGGUCAUACCCACCCAGAUGACUCUCAAGAGGGCAGUGUGAUAUCAGGGUCACUUCGCUUUGGAGGGCAUUCCAACAGUCAGAGCUCUGAUCAGCAGGAUUCUAUGACAGGUGUAGACCUUGAAGCUCAGCAGGAGAGUUAUCAUGAUGAUGAGUAUGGUCAUCAGACUGUGAUAGACUCUCAGGAAGGUAUCAUUGAUAAGGGUGGAAAUAACUCCAGGCAGACAGGGAGCAGCAGCAUAGAACAUGUUUGA